AAUAGAUUUAUAGCUCUCAUGAAGCUAGCUGUUGCCAUCGCUGUGUGCUAGUCACGCGUUUUUAUACGGGUAAAUAUACUGUUGUGGAUUCAUGAGUUCAGGUAUUGUUACAAUGGGAUCCAAAAGGCGACGAGCCACCUCUCCCUCCAGCAGCAUAAGUGGAGGAGACUUUGAUGAGUCCACUUCGUCCACCCCAGGGAGUGCAUACAAGAGAAGAAGAGCUUCCAGUGGCACGGGUAUUGAUCAGAUGUCAGUGUGCCAUGAGUUGUACAACACUGUCAGAGAUCACAAGGAUGAGCAGGGCCGGCUGCUAUGUGAGCCGUUCAUUCGCGUCCCGAAGAGAAGAAACCAGCCAGACUAUUACGAGGUGGUGUCCCAGCCCAUAGACCUGACUAAGAUACAGCAGAAGAUCAGGACUGAGGAAUACCAGGAUGUGGAGCAGUUCACCGCAGACUUCCAGCUCAUGAUCAGCAAUGCAAAAGCCUACUACCUGCCAGAGAGCACAGAGUACAGUGCGGCCUGCCGGCUCUGGGAUCUGUUCCUGAGCACCCGGAGUGAUCUGCUGGGUGAGCAGGAUGAUGCUGAGGAGGAUGAGGAUGGAGAGGACACACCAGAUAACCCAGGGACCUCUGCUGAGGAUGAGACUCCAGCCGGCAGUCUGAAGGAGGCUCUUGAGCAACUGCUGGAGGCAGUCGUCUCCUACACGGACCCCUCAGGACGCAUCAUCAGUGAUCUCUUCCAGAAGCUGCCUUCCAAAUUGCAAUAUCCAGACUACUAUGCCAUAAUCAAGGAACCAAUUGACUUGCGUUCCAUUGCUCAGAAGAUACAGCUGGGAUAUUAUAAAAGUGUUAAUGCCAUGGCGAAGGACAUUGAUCUUAUGGCAAAAAAUGCCAAAACCUAUAAUGAACCAGGGUCCCAAGUCUUUAAGGAUGCAAAUGCAAUCAAGAAAAUCUUCAUUCAAAAAAAGACUGAACUUGAACAAGCAGAGCCCACAAAGACCAGUCUUCGCAUAAGGAACCGUAGAUCAGCUCAGGGAGAUCGUUUGUCAGCCAUCACACUCGCUCUGCAGGGUGGCUCAGAAAGCGAUGAGGACUCUAUGCUUGCAGGAUCUGUGCGGUACGAUGCCAGCGAGGCGGAGGCUGAGAGUGGGCAGUCGCGCAUGUCCUCGGGGGACCCAGUGUUCCUGCUGUACCAGGUGAUCCGCGGCGCCCGCAACCCUCAGGGGCAGCUCCUGGCCGAGCCCUUCCUGCAGCUGCCCUCGCGGCGGGAGUACCCCGACUACUUCCAGCAGAUCAAGCAGCCCAUCUCCCUGCAGCAGAUCAGGGAGAAAAUGAAGAAUGGGGAAUACGAGGCCACUGAGCAGAUGGAUGCAGACCUCAACCUGAUGUUUGAGAAUGCCAAGCACUACAACGUGCCCAACUCUAGCAUCUACAAACGUGCCCAUAGGCUACAGCAGAUCCUCCAGCUUAAGAAGAGAGAGGUGCGGGAUGAGGACGGAGACAGCAUGCUGUCCACACCACCUGACACCGGCAGUGCCAAGAAGAAAAGCCAUAAGAAGAACACCAAGAAGAACCGCAUGAAGGCCCUGUAUGCGGCUGUGACCGAGGCCCGGGAGGCUAGCACUGGCCGUCGGCUCUGUGACCUCUUCAUGGUCAAGCCCUCCAAGAAGGACUACGCUGACUACUACAAGGUCAUCCUGCAGCCCAUGGACCUGCGCACCAUCGAGCACAACAUCCGCACUGAGCGCUAUGCUAGUGAAGAGGCGCUAAUGGAUGAUCUGAAGCUCAUGUUCCGCAACGCUCGUCAUUACAAUGAAGAGGGCUCGCAGGUGUAUAAUGAUGCAGACAUUCUGGAGAAGAUCGUGAAGGACAAGAAGAAGGAGUUGGGCCCCGUGCCAGAGGAGGAUGACAUGGGUUCUCCUAAACUGAAAUUACGCAGGAGUGCGGGUGGGGUGUCCCCUAAGAAGGCGCGCUACCACACCACCCCUCUGCAGCAGCGUCUGUCCGAGCUGUACGAGGCCGUGCGCGGCUACACGGAUGCCCGCGGCCGCCGCCUCAGUACCGUAUUCCUGCGGCUGCCAUCACGUGCCGAGCUGCCCGACUACUACGCCGCCAUCAAGCGCCCCGUGGACAUGGAGCGCAUCCGCUCCCACAUCGCUGGCGGCCGCUACCAGGAUGUGGACGCGCUGGCCGAGGACUUCACCCUCAUGUUCCACAACGCCUGCACCUACAACGAGCCUGAGUCGCUCAUCUACCGCGACGCACUCCUGCUGCACCGCAAACUGCUAGAAGCCCGGCGGCGACUGGAGGAGGAGGAAGAGGGGGCUGGGGAUGAGGAAGGCCCGGGGAGAGGCAGCGGCUCAGGUGGAGCUGGCGCGGGCCCUCUGGUGCGCGAGCUCCUCCGGAACCUGUUUGUGUCGGUCAUGAGUCACCAGGACGACGAGGGCCGUUGCUACAGCGACUCACUGGCGGAGGUGCCCGCCGUGGACCCGUCACGGCCCGAGGAGCCACCCCUCAGCCUGGAGCUGGUGCGCACCAACGUGGAGCGCGGUCGCUACCGCCGUCUGGAUGUCUUCCAGGAGCAUGUGUUUGAGGUGCUGGAGAGAGCUCGUCACCUCAACAGAACUGACUCUGAGAUCUUUGAGGACUCUGUGGAGCUGCAGCACUUCUUUGUGAAGAUCCGUGACGAACUGUGCAAGAACGGAGAGAUCCUGAUGUCUCCCGCCCUCAGCUACACCUCCAAACACCUGCACGCCGACGUGGACCAAGAGAAAAGGGAGAAACUGCCCAAAGAGAUAGAGGAGGAUCGGCUUAAAAAGGAGGAGGAGAGUAAAGAAGCGGAGAAGGUGGAUGACCCAGCAGGCCCUCAAAGCUCCUACAGCCAGGGCUUCAGCUUUGACAACAGCACAUACAGCGUGGGUGACUACGUCUACAUGCAGCCAGCGGAGUCCAACCUGCAGCCCCACAUCGUCUGCAUCGAGAAGCUGUGGCAGGAUGAAACAGGAGAGAAGUGGCUGUAUGGCUGCUGGUUUUACAGGCCCAGUGAGACGUUCCACCUGGCCACGCGCAAGUUCCUGGAGAAGGAGGUGUUCAAGAGCGACUACUACAACCGGGUCCCUGUCAGCAAGAUCGUGGGCAAGUGCAUGGUGAUGUUUGUGAAGGAUUAUUUCAAGCUUCACCCUGACGGCUUCAGACCAGAGGAUGUCUUUGUCUGUGAAUCCCGCUACACCACCAAGACUAAGUCCUUCAAGAAGAUAAAGCUGUGGACCAUGCCAGCCAGCUCUAAGAGGUUGGUUCCCCGUGACGUGCCCCUGCCCGUGGUCCGUGUCGCAUCCAUGUUCGUAAGUGCUUCAAAACGUGACCAGGAGAAGCUGGCUGAGACUGUAGAGAAUGGCGUCGGUGGAUUCAUUGAGAAGGAAAGAGAAGAUGUUUCUGUUGAGGCGCCCAAUGGGGAACCAGGCUGCCAGUAUUACGACCAGUUGCAUUACAACAACUUGUGGCUGAAGGUUGGAGACUGUGUCUUUGUUCGGUCACAUGGGUUGGUGCGACCCAGGGUCGGACGGAUUGAGAAGAUGUGGGUGCGAGGUGGUGCUGCUUUCUUCUUUGGGCCCAUCUUCAUUUACCCAGAGGAGACCGAACACGAGCCCACCAAGAUGUUUUACAAGAGGGAGGUGUUCUUAAGCCAGCUAGAAGAAACAUGCCCAAUGGCCUGUGUCUUGGGCAAGUGUGUGGUGUCCUCCUUCAAGGACUUCUUGUCGUGUCGGCCAACGGAGUACGCCGAAGAGGAGGUGCUGGUGUGUGAGAGCCGCUACAUUGAGAGUGAGAAGCAGAUGAAGAAGUUCAAGGGACUCAAGCGCUUCUCCCUCUCUGCCAAAGUCGUGGAGGAUGAGGUUUACUACUUCAGAAAGCCAAUUGUUCCUCAGAAGGAACCCUCUCCUAUUUUGGAUAAAAAGAUUGAGGAGCUGGAGGCCAAGUUUGCAGACAUGGAGGAUGCAGAUGAGGAGCUGGGCGGACUGGAUGAUGAUGACGACGAGGAGGCCCCUGAGACGCCUUCCAUGCCCCAGAUGCACACAUCCAUGGCCAGCGACAUAGACAUGCCCUACACGCCACCGCAGUUGCCAGUGGUGACCGUCCCCCAGUCAACUCCAAAGAUGAAAGGCCUCUCCAAAAAGGAGGGAGCCAAGAGGAAGAUCAACAUGAGUGGCUACAUCCUGUUCAGCAGUGAAAUGCGUGCCGUCAUCAAGGCCCGCCACCCUGACUUCUCCUUCGGCGAGCUGAGUCGCCUGGUCGGCACCGAGUGGAGGAACCUGGAGGCGCCCAAGAAGGCGGAGUAUGAAGAGAGGGCAGCCAAACUGGUGGAACAGCAGGAGCGGGAGAGGGCAGCCCAGCAGCAGGCGUCCCCUAGAGAAGGUACCCCUGUGGGAGCUCUGGGGGUUGUGCCCCCCCAAUCAGCUAUGGGGAUGCUAAACCAGGCCAUGCCACCCAUGUCAGGCAUGAUGGGAGCUUAUGGCCCACCCUUCAUGCAAAUGCAGGGCCCUCCUCAUGAGGGCAUGAUGGGCAUGGGUAGUGUGCCACCUCAUCACAUGGGGGUGCCCAUGCAGCUGUCCCACCAGCACCAGCUACCACCGGGCAUGCCUGGCUACCCUGGCAUGCUGCCCCCGGGCAUGAUGGGACCAGGAGUAAAUGGCAUGGCUGGCAGUCCAGGCCCGGGUAACCAUUACGUUCAGAUGGCUGGCUUCCCUGCUGGUCAGCAACCUCCACCUCCAUACCCAGGCCAGAUGGGAGUCCCAGCACACCACCAGCCCGGCACCCCCAUGUUUGUGGCUCCGCCGCCUAAACCCCAGCGGCUCCUGCACUCCGAGGCCUACCUAAAGUACAUCGAGGGCCUGCGGGCAGACUCCUCCACCAUCAGCAAAUGGGACCAGACCCUCAAGACUGAAAGAAGAGACGCUCGUAUGACCAAAGACCAGGAGAGCCGUCUGCCCUCUCAUUGGCUGAAGAGUAAAGGAGCGCACACUACCAUGGCUGACGCUCUGUGGCGACUCCGAGACUUGAUGCUGCGGGACACACUGAACAUUCGACAAGCAUAUAACCUGUAGUGCCCUUGUAAUAUGGCACUCCUGGGCUGGCUUCUUUUAAGCUAAAAUACCUGAAAAGUUUUGAUCCUAUUUGUGAGUGUUAGUAUGUUAUUGUUUGACAGGACAAGAUAUGUUGCAGCAAUUGUGGUAUUUGUAAUAGUAUGCAUUUGUCCUCCAACCAGAGAGGAACUGUAGUUACAAAGAUAUAACAGAAGUAUUUAAAUAUGUACACAAGAAUACACUGGAAUAAUGUUUACUGUGCACCUCUCUCACGCACAACUGUGCUCCCAACACGCAGAUAGAGUUGAGUUCUCAAACAGAGAGGCCCAUUUUGCUUCUGCACAGAAAUCACAGAACACUUGUUGCUACUGAUGAAAUGUUAGUAGUUCUAAGCUUCACAGUGUUUGUUUCCAGCUCAGGUUAUUAAAUAUUUACUGCUUUAGAACCAUGGUAUUUAUACACAGGGGCUUUUGGAACUUUGGCUUUAAAACCACUCCACCUUAAUGCUCCCACUGAUGGAACUCACUGUUAGGAAUAAUUGAAAUGACCCCCAGGUAUAUUUUUUAUUCUAUGAUUUUAUAUAAAAAAUAAGCUUAGUUUUUUUUCCUCUGUUAUAUAUUUUUGCAUUAUCUAUGGUUGAAACAAUCGUGUGAAAAACGUGCAUUAAAUUCUUGGCAUUAAAUAUGCCUUGUGAA